GAACAAGCUUUCAAUAUGCUGUAUACAGUGUUCAUAAUAUGUCUCACACAUACGUUUAUUCGAAUAUGGAUUCCUUAUUAUUUCCGCUAAAGUAAUGUUUCCUUGUCGUUGUUGCUGUUGAUGCUCAGGGUACUUACAAUGUUGCCCUCGGUAAAACUGCUUCACAGAGCAGCAACUACAGAAAAUCUCGAGAUCUCGCCCCAACGGCGGUUGAUGGUGAUGUCGGGAAUAACGAUAUGGCUAGCGGUUCUUGUUUUCACACGAAGACAGAGUACCAGCCGUGGUGGAGGGUGGGCCUACAUCAAGACUUCUAUAUCACUAGUGUCAUUGUAUAUAACCGACUGGACCACAACCUAGCUAAACGGGCAAGGAACAUUAAACUGACAAUCGGUAAAAGUUUGGACUCUAUGAGUCAGGCUGGAUACCUAUAUGGCGGGUUUACCACUACUCAUACGUUCACCGUUGAUCCAUCAUUGGUAGGACGUUUCGUGCAAUUGCAGCUGAAAGGGAUAACGGAGUGUUUCCAUCUAUGUGAGAUUGAAGUCAUGGCAUAUCCCUCAGGAACGAGGAAUGUCGCCCUCGAUAAAACAGCUUCACAGAGUAGCAACUUCAAUGAUUCCAAAUGGUUCGCUCCAACGGCGGUUGAUGGUAAUAUCGGGAACAACGAUAUGGUUAGCGGUACGUGUUUUCACACGAAGAUAGAGUACCAUCCGUGGUGGCGGGUGGACCUACAUCAAGACUACUACAUCACUAGUGUCGUUAUACAUAACCGACUAGACUACAACAGUUCUAAACGGGCAAUGGACAUUAAACUGACAAUCGGUAAAAGUUUGGACUCUAUGAGUCAGGAGGGAUAUCUAGAUGGCGGGAUGACCACUACUCAUAUGUUCACCGUUGACCCACCAUUGGUUGGACGUUUCGUGCAAUUGCAGCUGAUUUGGAGUACGGAGUAUUUCCAUCUAUGUGAGGUAGAAGUCAUGGCAUAUCCUUCAGACAACAUAGCACAAAUUGAAUUUCAAAGGAUAUCGGACAAUCAACAAUACACACCACAAUCAGUCACUGGGAUACUUGUUGACCAUCUUAGUAAUGAUACAUUCCGGAUUAUGUGUACGUUGAACAACAGGACUAAUAUGAAAACUUUUGGUUUCUUAAUCAUGUGGCAGGGUGCUUAUUCUUUGAUUGGCGAAAUGCACAAUGUUGAGCCAUCAAUAACAGAAAUAUACAAGAAACCUGGUUCGUAUUCCAAUGGUUCUAGCUGGACCGAUGUUGGUCGCUUUGACAAUGUGAUAAGUAAUAGUCGCCACUCAACACUUGGUGUGUCUAGGCCGCUGUCCUCAAUGACUUGUUCAGAUGCGGGGGUGUAUUCCUGUGAUGUUGGGUACAUAAAUUCUUCCUCUAUAAUGGUAUUUCACACAGGAACUAUAAGGAAGGAACUUAAGUUACAAGUAAUACCUUCGAAAAUCACAAAACGAAUCUUUAAUGCAAGCAACGAUGAAGGUGGGAUAAUAUCUGAAUUAACAAACUCAACUCCAAUUGUUCAUGUGGGUCAGAAAUUGCGGCUUCAAUGCACGGCCAACACUGGGACUUUCAACACAUCAGUGCAGAUUGUUUGGAUGAAAAGAAGCCUUCAGAACGGAAGCAAUCUUGCCCCCUUUUCCUCGGAUAAACACAUAAUCGGAGAACCUAAGGCUAUUGGCAUGUGUGAGUUUGAAAAGACUGACUCGAUAAUAUACGAUGUUACUAAAGAAGACGCUGAAAGAACGCCUGAAAACAGUCUUCAUUUUCAGUGCUACGUUCAUAUUAUGUCGAUAGACUGGAAAACACCUGAACAACAAAGACGAAAUUUCAGUUUUGUUGUCCAUUCGAAUGAUGGAAACAACGAUUUUCAAAAUGAUACGAAUGAAAUAAAUGCUUAUGAGUUUCCUGUUAAUAGGACAGUUAUAUCGGGAAUUAUUGGAGGUGUUUGUUCUUUGGUUAUUCUUGGAGCCGCCGGGAUUCUCCUGAAGAGAAAGAUCACCAUGGGCGGCUGUCAGAAAGCUGAUGAGAAGUCUGCGGAAACCAGUCGUAACCCGGAUGCACCAGUUGACACCGUCCCGUCCGCAAGAGACUCGGAAAUAUACACAGAAAUAGGAGAAACAUCUGACCGUCAAGGAAAUUGUAGACGUACAGUUGAAUCGAGUUUUACCGUUCAGACAAAUGAUCUGUUGCACUACAUGGAGUUCGGCGCUAGAGUCUCCGAACCGUACACCGAAUUAGAUAACCCGAUUUACGAAAACAUUCACAAAUGAAGACUAUAAAAAGCUGCAUCAGUUUCUUGUUUAUGCUAUUCACCACACGUGAGACAAUCACAUGUUUAAAUCAAACGUUGAAAAGUAUGACCAGAUACCAACUUGUCGAUACAAUUUCUUAUGUUUAUUGCAAAUGUUCUUUCAGAAGGUUUUUGUCGACAUGCAGAAUGUUUCAGUAAUGUCCCAGGGAAAGUAAGAUAUUUGCUGGUACCCCUUCUCUUCAAUAUCUUGGCAUUCAUUUAUCACUUAAAUCAUUCAAUGUCUGUUUAAAUAUCGCAUUAAUCCGUGCAUUGUUUUUCCAUUGUAUUCACUAUUAUUGCAUGCAAUAAAUUGUUAUCCAUUUAAAUGUAUAGGUUUCUUUAAAUGAUCCAAUGUAAGAUGGCAGGCUAAUAGAGUCUAACGAGAUGCUUGCCAUUUACAACAUACUGGUGGUUCAACUAUAAUCACCAAAUUGAGAAAGUGUGCGCAGCUUAUAUCAGAAUGUUGCAAACGUUUUUUUUGCCUUGAGUGAGUGUCACUUUUUGAACAUUAAAGAUUUCUAUUUUGGGC